UGGGAGUGGGCCAAGGGAUAGACCCUGAAAAUUCGACUCCACAUCGCUUGAUGUGCAGACCCGAGGCUCGGUUGUCUCUCCGCGCCGUCUCCACGUUUACAAACAAUUCGCCAAUGACGUGGAUCCUUCAUUUCAUGGCUCGUUGGGCCAAAAUCUUAGGGGUCUAUGGAUCUCAAAGUUCCUAGAAUAUACAUCCAGAUGCUGCUCCUGGACCAUCGCAGCGUCAAGUCUUAGUAUCUAUCGAUUCAAUUCCUGCGCCUGCGCCGGAACCACCGCUUUACUUUAUCACCAUGGCUCCCCAAGGGAAGCCCGCAGUUCCUGCGUCCAUCAACGCCUGCCUCGUCCGCGCGCUCCGCAACUCCGAUGUCUUCGUCUCCCGCCUCGCCCUCCUCUUCUCCACCCCGUCCUCCACCGAUUCGACCCUCAGCCUCCUCGCCUACUCCAUGAUCCUCGCCUCCCACACCCUGGACAAGCUCCUCGCCUCACGCAUGGAGCUCGUGGCCUCGCAGAUCGCUUCGCGCGCCUCGAAAUCCCUGCAGCCCGGCGAGACGCUCGUUGCGAGCCUGCCGGUUGGUGAGGUGUUGGGCGCGCGAUGGGCGCGCGCCGCCGACGCUUCGGAGCGGAUGAAGACGGCGCGGGCCAAGAUCAGCGACUUCCGGGCGUUCGCCCGCCUGUGGGGUCUCCUGGGCUUGUAUGGCUGGGCCAAAGGGCAUUGGAAGUCGUAUCCUGGCGCCCGUAAACCGGCGGCGGCGGAGGGCGAAGGGGAAGAGGAGGAGGGAAGCAAGGUCAACAAGAACAAGUAUGAUCCGACGGCCAACACCACGAUUCGAACGAUUGUUUGGAUGCAGAUCUCCGCCUGUGUGGCGUUCCAGGCGCUGGAGAACGUCGGCUACCUGGCGCAGCAUGGCAUUAUAAAAUUGGAGCCAGCCACCACGGGGAAACUGUUCAAAUGGAGUUCGAGGGGGUGGUGCACCCAUCUCACGCUUGAGCUCGUCAGGCUGUGGAAGACCUCGCAGCUUACGAAGCAAAAGAGGAAGGACCUGGCUUAUUCGGCCGCUUGGGAGCAGGAGGAUGAUGCUUGGUGGAAGAAGUUGACGACCACCUCGGCAUGGGCACCGGUUGCGCUCAACUUCAGUGUCGCCCCAUCGUACAUGUUCCUGAAUGAGUUGGGACUGGGGUUGUGUGGAGGGACCGCUAGCGCCGUCAGUGUUAGAGAACUGUGGAAAAAGUCCGCACCUGCAGUUUAGUUCCUGUUGGCUUUCUAAGGUCC